AGAAACUCAGAGAGGAAGAGAGCGAGAGAGAGAUCAGAAUCAGAAUCAGAAUCAGAAUCAUCAGAUCGAAGAAGAAGAAGAAGAAGAAAAACCAGAGAAUUGAGUGCAUUACUGUGUAGAGAGAUACAUAAUAUAUAGAUAUAGAUAUAGGGAAAUGGGGACGACGAGUGCACUAGCGCCGGGACUGUCAAGGAAGCUGAAGAAGGUGUUGGAGACAAGGACAGACACACCGGAUCUGCUUGCGUCGUUGAACACUCUCUCCAGCUUCUACACAGACAACAACCCCCAGGUCCGCCGCAACCUCCGAUCCACCAUCGAGAAGCGCUCUCUCUCCAUCAACCUCGAGUUCCUUCUCGCCUCCGAUGCCGCCCAACAGGCUUUGGAUCGGGUCGAGGAGGAGGUUAAUUCGCUGGCCGAAUGUUGUGACAAGAUUGCAAAGGCUUUGAACAGUUGUAAUGCUACCACUGGGGAUAUAAUCAGUACCACAGAGAGGCUCAAACAGGAACUUGAAAUUACUACACAAAGACAGGAGAUUGUCUCAUGCUUCCUUCGUGAUUAUCAGCUUUCUAAUGAAGAGAUAAAUGCGCUGAGGGAAGCAGAACUGAAUGAGAAUUUUUUUAAGGCACUUUCUCAUGUCCAAGAAAUUCAUACCAACUGCAAAGUAUUGCUUCGAACUCAUCAUCAGCGUGCAGGUUUGGAGCUCAUGGAUAUGAUGGCUGUGUACCAAGAAGGAGCCUAUGAGCGCCUGUGCAGGUGGGUUCAGGCAGAAUGUAGGAGACUGGGUGACACUGAUAAUCCUGAAGUCAGUGAACUUUUGAGAACAGCAGUGCGCUGCCUCAAAGAAAGGCCUGUCCUUUUCAAGUAUUGUGCAGAAGAGGUGGCAAAUAUGAGGCAUAAUGCAUUAUUUAGGAGGUUUAUAAGUGCUCUUACCCGUGGAGGACCUGGUGGAAUGCCCAGACCCAUUGAAGUACAUGCUCAUGAUCCCUUACGUUAUGUAGGUGACAUGCUAGGGUGGCUACAUCAGGCAUUGGCAUCUGAAAGAGAACUUGUCCUUGCAUUGCUAGAUCCAGAUGCAGUGGUUGAUACUGGCCCGACUGCACGCCGAUUCUCCUCCAACGGUUUAGAGAGUGAUAUAGGAAAAAAUGAGACUGACUUGACGUUUGUUCUAGACAGGAUUUUUGAAGGAGUUUGCCGGCCAUUUAAAGUUAGAGUUGAACAAGUUUUGCAGUCGCAACCUAGUAUUAUAAUUUCAUACAAACUUAGUAAUACCCUGGAGUUUUACAGCUACACUAUAUCAGAUUUGUUGGGGAGAGAAACAGCCCUUUGUAACACACUUUGGGCACUAAAAGAUGCUUCUCAGAAAACAUUCUUUGACAUUCUGAAAACUCGAGGAGAGAAGCUGUUGCGGUAUCCACCCCUUGUUGCUGUUGAUCUUUCUCCACCACCUGCAGUGAGGGAAGGAGUAUCAGUAUUGCUUGAGAUAAUUGAGACGCAUGAUGGCAUGAUGGUUCCUGCUUCAGGAAAGAAGUCUGACUUUGAUCCGGUGAUAUCUGCAUUACUAGAUCCUAUUAUUCAGAUAUGUGAACAAGCAGCAGAAGCACACAAGUCCAAAGGAGCUAUUCAUUCCUUUAGAAGAAAUAGAACUACUUCUGACCCAAGCCAACUCAGUAAAUCAUCUGUUGAUGCAAUUUUGGCAAACAGCAACACUUUAGCUACGUCUCAGACUAGUGAAACACCCUCCAAGAUUUUCCUCAUCAACUGCUUGUGCGCCAUCCAGCAACCAUUAUUAGGACACGAGGUUGCAUCUGAAUAUGUGAAAAAGCUCGGAACAAUGAUAGAUAAUCACAUGAACAGUCUUGUGGAAAAAGAAGUCGGUACCAUUCUAAGAAGAUGUGGCUUGUCAAACAAGAUGUCUCACUUCCAAAAUUCAUUGAACAGCGAGGAAAUCCUAUUAGCUGAGAUGGAGGACACGUCUCCAACUGCUCUUUCAGAGUGUUUGAAGGCGUUCUUUGGACUUAUUUUAGGAAGCGAGAGUUCUCUGCCAGAGUUUGAGCAGAUGCAGGUACCAAAGUUACGAUCUGAAACUUGUAUUCAAGUGGCUAGAUUACUGGCUGAAGCGUACGAGCUUAUUUACAAGGCGAUCAUGGAUCCAAAGAAUCGGUACCCAGAUCCCAAGUCCUUGGCUAGGCAUCCCCCUGAUCAGAUAAGGACCAUCUUAGGAAUUUGAAACAAUGUUUUCCUGUUAUUUUCAGGGGAUUAUUUAACAAUCUUUUUUUUUUU